UUUAUAACAACAACAAUGGCAGCGCAGAUGAACGGGAAGUGGACUAUUUAAACUGGAAAACAGGCGGCCAAACGGAGUUUCUGGCAUUAUUUUAAUCCGAGCUAAAUUAUGCAUUUUUGGACUUUUCUGUAAACAGCUGAAUUGUCUAUUUUCUUCAACCACCGCCUUCAAACACUGCUGUUUUACUGAGAAGAGGUAUUAUAAAGAUGAACUGUUAUUUCUGCGACGGAAGGAAACGGAGUGAAGCAGCGACACCCAAAUUAACGCCUAAAAACUGAAAAAUGCUUCACAGUUUUAUAAUAAGGAAGAUUUGUGUCUCUGUGGGUGCAGGUUUGCGUCUGGCGCAGUUUAUUUUGAUUCCGCUAAAACAAAAUGGAGGGUAAAAAGCGGCAGUUAGGUUGUUUGGUAAAUUCAGACCUUUACUUCUCUGUUACCGUGUAUUUAAUGUCAAUUUACUAUUAAUAGGAAUGUAUCUGCUAGGCUAAAGCUCAGACAGAAGCCUUUAAAAGAAGACUGUCAGUGAUGAGAGCCAUGGAGGAACGAGCAGCACAGUAAACACUCGCUUUACAAGUACAGAAUUUAUAACAGUUUACCUGCAGAAUAAAGCGUUAAUAUUGUGCUCUUUAAGGUGCACAACUUACUAUGUUUCACCGUUGACUUAAUGCACAGUCAAGUUUAAGCUAAAGAAAGAGUAGGAGGGCUUGGGACCACGGCAUGACUGACUCAGGAGACACUCCAAGUGUCCCGGGUUGCUCCGGCCUCAGCAGCGGGACAGGGCUCAGUUUCAAGCCGAGUAGAGGACUCCCUGGGCGGGUCAGGAGCCUGUCAUCCUCCGCUCCACCUGGAAGACUGACAUCUCUCAUAACCAGGGACCUGACACUGGGAGGAGCUCUGAAAAAACCUAAGAAAACGUUUGAGCCGAACGUCCACACUGUGAGGAAAAGUAAAGAUGAGUUAAAGGAAGAAGUGCGUGCUCCUCCUAAAAAGGAGAGAAGAGAGAGAGAUGAGAGGAGGAGGGAGAACCGAGGGAGGAGGAGAGAGAGGCCUCCGACCAUACAGUCUCACUCCAUCUUUGAACAAGGACCUGCAGACACCAUACGAAAAACAGGCUGGCGAGGAGCUGCAGACCCCUAUGACACCGGCAGCUCUCCUGUAUGUAAACAGGUGAAGAAGGAGAAGACGGAGUCUGAGGAGGAUGAGGAUGAGAUUCUCUCCAAACUACAAAGAGAUGACUUCAUCGAUGAUCCCGGCCUGAGGAAUGAUGCAAAGCUGAAACCGAUCCAGCUGCCUCUGAGUCACUCAGCCAGCUCCACUUCAGCAUGUCCAGAGAACCCCCCGCUCUUUAGACCUCCGUACUCCCAGAGUCGAGCAGGCCGACUGGCAGCAGAGCCGCCCAAACAAGAGCAGCCCUCUCUGGCAGAGCUGCUGCAGGAUCUGAGCAUGUCUGGCAGAGAGGAGCUCUUCUUCAUGCAGCUACCAGACUGCAUGCCUGGCAGAGCGUCUGCACAGAAGGUCGACCAUGCUCUUGGAUCUGCAGCAGAGAAACCGGCCAAGAAGGAAGGCAAGGCUGAGGACAAGAAGCCUGCGUAUCUACAAGCUCAUGAUCCUGCUGGGAAGGAGGGCUGUCCGGUGCUGUCACACUUCCCAGAGGGGUUUCUGGGUAAACUGCAGAUCAGGAGGUCGGGGAAGGUGGAGCUGAAGCUGGGAGACGUUGUCAUGGACGUGUCAGAGGGAGCGGCGUUCUCGUUUCUGCAGCAACUGGUGUCAGUGCGUCUGUCCGACGGUCGGACCGGGGACAUGAUGGUGUUAGGAAACGUCAACCACAAACUGGUUUUAUCUCCAGACUUUCAGGCGCUACUGAGAGAAGCUUCGACACCGAAACAACAAAGACCCUGAUGCAAAAGUGUUUAGAACACAAAAAAAUGCUCUCAUCUGCUGCACUGACAGCUGAGAGCUGGAGUUACAGACUCGUUUAUGUUUGUUCGAGCUCUGCAGGAUUACUGAUGAGAGGAGUGUGGAGGAAAACAACAGCUAGAUUAAUAUCUGUUAUUCAGACCUCUGCUGUGAGGGUUUUAAGGCAGCUAUGUCUGUUCUGUCUGUGCAUUUCUCUUGGAAAGUUUCGGAAAUCCCUUUGAUAGAAAAUUUGAUUUAUUACGGUUUUUAAGGCGUCAUAUUUUACUAGAAAUGCACAAAUUGUGAAUAUGUUCAAUACAUGUUAACGAGCACUGAUAGACCAUUAGGAGAGCAGGUUUGUUACUGAGAGAUGGAAACUGUCUUUGUCAUGGUUUGUUUGUUCCAGAGGUGACGCUCAUGUAAAAGUGCCUUCAGCAUAUUUGUUUAUUGGCAGGCAGAGGGGCCUGAACUGGUCAGAAUAAAAAUAACACAUAGGGUUUAGAGUUAAAUUACUAUGUCUUACAAUCAUCAUGGGACACCAGCUUUAUUUUCCCUAGAGGAAAGUUUGUCAAGAUUUCUAAACAACCAAAAUUUACAUGUUCAUCUCUGUAAAAUUGAGUUGGACAUGGAUUUAAAACGUCCUGAACCACCCAUUGACUUCUUUACAUGAGCCUUGUGCUCCACACCUUGUUCCUGCAUAGCAAUGAAUGACUGUAUUUUAUAUUUAAAGGUGCUUUGAUAACAGAAUCCUCAUGUUCAAGUGUUAACAGGCCGACGGUGAUAAACCUGAGCUCUCUUUUAUUCAUAAAGUUUUUGUUCUGUGGGUUAAAUGUACAUUUUGAUCGCUCCAACACUGAACUGCACUGAUGUUUGAAUUUGUAACUUUUGUAUCAUUCUGCAAACUCUAGUAAAUUAAAGCGUAA